AUGCGAUGCUGGCCGUCGUCUGGACUUGCAGCUGUCAUCCUAACCUGCCUGCUGGGGACUUGUCAAGGGCAAACAUACCGUUUCUGCGAGAUCGAGUGGAAGACAUGCUACCGAAGCAACACAAAAGACUUCACAGGAGGCUUCUAUGAUCCUCUGUUCCCCAGCGUAUGCGAGAGAGCGAGGAGUGACCCUAGAUCGAUCGGCGUGUCGCUGCAUUGCUCGUGGGCCAUAUUGAGUGAUGAUACUACGAUCAUGUUGCAAACCGUGGCAACAGACGUACAGACCUACAACAACACGGGGGGAGCUGUGAAGGACCUGAGGCAAGGCUUGAAGGCACCGUCACAGUUGUACAAGGGAUCGCUGUCGGGCGAUGGCCCGCAGAGGUACAGAAGGAUCGGAUGGUACUACGGCCUGGGGGACGCGACGUACAUGCCAGGGCUUGAGCUUGCUCAAGGCUUCGUCUCCUGCCCAGUCUCGCCGUGCUCGGCGGGAGCAAACGACUUCUACAUUUUCCAGAUCACUCGCAUAUCCGAGCCCCAGGCACAGUCGUCGACCAACCCUUUCGAUAGACGCGUGUUUGCGCGGUACUCUUUCCAGGUGGACUUUCCGAGCGGAGGAGACUACACGGUAUAUUUCGAGGGCUGCUGCCGGCAACAAGCGGAAGGAGCCGUGGCUACCAACGGAGACUACUUGGUGCAGAAUAACCCGCUCUGGCCAUUUCAUGUGCGAGCAGCAGUGACGGUGCCGAGUACUGGCUCAGUGCCGCUGUACAAGUCAUCGAUCCGGUGGAACAUGCCCGAUGUGACAGUGUUACGAUCAGCUUCCCCGCAGACAGAGAACUCAGCCUGUGCUUCUACGAUUUGUCUGUCAAGCAGUUGCUAUCGAUCGUUUACCUUGCAAGCAUAUCAUCAAGAGGCGAGCUAUCCCAUCUAUUAUCGAUUGGGCACGAUCCGGGAGAUGGGAGCGUACAAGUGCUACUCGGGCACGGCUCCGCCGUCAGUGCUGCAGCGAUACGACAGCGCUCGGUGCACCUUGACAGAGGUACAAGCGACGUCGACGUCUUCACUGCCCGUGAGGAUCCGAGGAGAUCAGUUUGACUUCGACGUGAACAGGGAAGGGACUUUUCAGGUGACGGUGGUAGCGUACACGUACAUCUCAGGCAAGGAGAUGGGGGUGGCAGUAGACUUCUUGGUGAAGGUCUUGGCUCCGGGGACCUCGAACUGGCAUGCGCCCAAGUUUGCUUUCCCUCUCACGACCACGAAUGUCAACAGCGUGCAGAUCCAGUGCGGAGAGAAUCAGUGGAUAUUCAACAGCACUACACCCACGUUCAAGGUGUACUUCCAGAACGAUGUCAACACUAAGCCAGCAGAGUGUAUCGAGACGGGGCAGAGACUGCGGUACAUCGCUCCGUCGACAGACUUGCCGAAAGGCGUGUCGUACACUCAGCAUGUGGAAUCGAACUUGAACUACAUCGAGAUAGCGUGGAGGCCACAAUGCGAAGAUCUGUCGCAGGUGGGGCUAUUUCAGUUCUGCUUUGAAGCAGAGGACACGGUAGACGUGGGGUCAGCAGCUAGCUUCAAGGCGCUGCGAUCGAGCCCAUCAUGCUUCUUUGUAUACAGCCGUCCGCCCUUGCCAAACCCCUCUCCUUCUUUCAUCUCACCGACGAAGUACCUUGACUGCUCUGAGACUUGUUGCGAGUGUUGUGGCUUGGAGAACUGCGCCUGUACCAACAACAAAUGUUGCAACAGGGAGUUUGCAAAGGCAGGGACCCUGUAUCAGUUUCCCGUGCAUGCGCAUGACAACUACCUUCCGGAGGCCCUCAACGUGAAGUUCACAGUCGCAGGCCCCACCCUUGACAAAUAUCCGCGGGAUGUGUAUCCUCCUGUGGGGAAGAGCAAUAAGUAUUCCUGCGGGGACUCGAGCUACGACACUUGUACCUCCUCCUACACCGCCACCUCGGGGAGGAACGACGUGCUGAACGCGCUAGAGUGGGAUCUGAUGAAGAUGUAUCCUUUCAAGUGCGCAAACUCUUCGCUACAGUGCAGCGGACCAUCCGACACCUCAUGCCCCAACGCUGCGCCCUGCAUUGAGUCCAGCAGCACCAACUUCGUUGGACCCUUGAAGGUUUGCUACCAGGUGACGGAGCAGCUUCGCGUCGGGGUGGACGGCGCCCUGUGGCUGCAAACCUACGGCAUCCCCCCCAACAACGACACGUGCAAGAUCUGCUUCUCUCUCGCCAUCGCAAGCAGCCCCUUCUUUCUUGAGAGCUCUCAGUUAUUCCAGUCAAGGGUGGGCCUUUCUGACCACUGUGUCCUCAAUGCUACUUGGACCCAUAUCAUCAGUAACCUUCACCUACCUUCUGUAUCAGCAGUUCCCCGAAAUCUUUCAUUCAUCACAGGGGGGCUGGGGGCUUCAAUGGUGACGAAUGUAUGGGAAGUUUGGGUAUGCCAGUUUGGACAUGCAUGCAUUUGGGAGCUAGGAGUUGCUGUCUCUGUCGCUGACAUUUCUGGUAAACAGGCGGAGGCUGUUUGCUUCGUCUACGAUGAGAUGAGGAAGAGUUUUCUUACUUGGGGUCUGCUUUCUGAGCUUGGUCUAGCUGGUGCCUAG